UUUUGGCAGCAGGUGAGGUCAAAUGCAGAGGAAAGGAGCGGAAGAGGUUUGCUGACAGGUGGAGGAAAAUAUAGCUUUAACCUAAAGAGGAACAAAUGGACGAGAGUAAAACGGCACUGACGGAGAGCCUCGUAAUAUGGCUGCAGACCUUCAACACUGCUGCACCCUGCAGAACAGUGGAGGAGCUGACCACUGGAGCGGCAAUAUCUCAGGCACUGAAUCAAAUAGACCCAGCAUGGUUCACUGAUGGAUGGCUCGGCCGUAUAAAAACAGAUGUUGAGGAAAACUGGAGACUGAAGAUGAACAACCUGAAGAAGAUCCUUCAGAUGGUGGUUGAUUAUUAUAAAGAGGUCUUAGCCCAGGAAAUCUCAGACUUCCCUUUGCCAGAUCUGGCCCUGGUGGCAGAGCAUUCGGACCCCGUGGAGCUGGGGAGGCUGCUGCAGCUUGUGCUGGGCUGUGCUGUCAAGUGUGAGCGUAAACAAGAAUACAUUCAGAUCAUCAUGACCUUGGAGGAGUCUGUGCAGCACGUUGUAAUGACAGCCAUCCAGGAGCUCAUGAGUAAAGAGAUCAUGGCCCCAUUUGGAGCAGAACCAUCAGGGGACUUGGAACAGCAGCUGAAAAAAGCCCUGGAGGAACUCUCUGAACUUGUGGCAGAGAAGGAAGCGUUAGCCCAGCGCUGUCAAGAGCUCGACGUACAGGUGGCGGUUCUUCAGGAGGAACGGAACAGCUUAUUGGCUGAGAAUGAUGUCCUAACAGACCGAGCCAAUCAGCUGGACACAUUUGACGACCCAAGCACCCCCUCAGGAAGAAAACACAGCCAGCUGCAGCAACAGUUAGAGGCGCUGCAGGAAGAGAACUUCAGGCUGGAGGCUGCCAAGGAUGACUACCGGAUCCACUGUGAAGAGUUGGAGAAGCAGCUGAUCGAGGUUCAGCACCGUAAUGACGAGCUCACCAGCCUGGCAGAAGAAUCUCGAGCCCUCAAAGAUGAACUGGACGUUCUGAGGAACUGCUCAGACCGUGUGGUGAUGUUGGAGGCCUCAGUGGAUACAUACAAACGUAAACUAGAGAAUUUAGGCGAUCUGAAGAGGCAGAUGAAGCUGCUGGAGGAGAAUAACAUGACCUACAUGCACAACACUGUCAGCUUGGAGGAAGAACUGCGCAAGGCCAACGCUGCGCGUGCACAGCUCGAGACCUACAAGAGACAGGUCCAGGAGCUACACAGGAAGCUGUCGGAGGAGUCGAGACGAGCAGAUAACCUGGCCUUUGAGAUGAAGAAGUUAGAGGAAAAGCAUGAAACUGUAAUGAAGGAGAAAGAGAGGAUCAUCAUCGAGAGAGAUUCUCUGAAGGAGAUCAACGAGGAGCUGCGAUGCACUCAGGCUCAACAGCACCAGCUCUCCCAAGCAGGGAUGAUUCCUUCUGGCAGCCCCAGCCACGAUAAUCUGGCGGCUGAAUUAAUCCCCAUUGAGUACAGAGAAAAGUUCAUCAGGCUGCAGCAUGAGAACAAGAUGCUGAGAGUGCAGCAGGAGGAGUAUGAGAGGGAGAAGAUCGCUGCACUGCAGACCCAGCUGGAGGAGGCACAUAAGACACGUAGUGAACUGGACACUGAGAACAGGUUGAGUCGAGAGCGGGUCAGUGAGCUGCAGCAGCAGGUGGAGGACCUCCAGAGGGCUCUGCAGAGUCAGGCGGCCAAACCUGAUGAUUCAAACCUGAAGCGGAAACUUGAUGCGCAUAUGGUUCAGCUGAACGAGGCUCAGGACGAAAUCAUGAAGAAGAAAGAGCUGCUGGAGGACCUUCAGCCUGACAACACGCAAACCUCCUUGAAGCUGGAUGAGCUGAUGGCUGCUCUGAAGAAGAAGGAUGAUGACAUGAGGGCCAUGGAGGAGAGGUACAAAAUGUACCUGGAGAAAGCUCGAAAUGUUAUCCGUGCAUUGGAUCCUAAACUAAAUCCAGCCACUGCUGAGAUCCAGGCUCUGAGGAACCAGUUAGCGGAUCGGGACAAGCAGAUUCUCAACUUGGAGCGUCAGUGUGAGCAGGCCAAACUCAGAGAGUAUGAGGAGAAGCUGAUCGUCACUGCGUGGUAUAACAAGAGUCUGAGCUUUCAGAAGCUGGCGAUCGAAUCACGUCUCGGUGGCUGCACCUCCUCCGUGCUGUCCCCCGGCCAGUCCUUCUUGUCCCAGCAGCGGCAAGUCUCAAACGCCCCACGCCGGGCGCUUUCCAUCAGCGUGCCAGCCACUACCUCUAAGUAGACCUCGUCAGAGAGCCAAAUGUCUCACCUUUAAUCAGUGAAGGGAAGAAUACUCUUCCUCCCACCAGUGAGCACUCAAGUGACCUUAAACACAUCUGCUCUCAGUGCUUCAGGAGGGUCACGGACGAGCUGAUUGGGAUCAAUGAGCACUUACUUUUCAAACAAAACCUUAUAGGUCACAUACCUGACGUUACAGCAAACUAUCCCAUAAUACACUGGCUACAGGCUGACCUUUCAUAGAACAGAAACCCACAACCUGUGUUCACCUCACUAGCUAAAGUAGCGCACACUGUCCCUUAUUUCCCUUCUGCUCCGUGUGUUUGCUUUGCCAACUGCAGACUCGGCUGAAUACUUGCUGUAAUCAAUCUAGCCUUCACUCUCUUACAUCCUGUCACGCUGUGUACUUGAACAGGAAGAAGAGAAAUGUAAAUAUAUGCUUAACUGUUUUAUUCAGAAUUGGAGCCCAUAAUAUAUAUGAAUGUGAUUUUUUUAAAAAGGGUUACUUGAAUGCUAAAGCCAACUAACUUCAGAUGAUUGUUGAUGUAUAGAAAACAGAACCAUCAUACUAUGCAGUUAAAGGAAUACUUCACUCGCAACACGAUCAGUUGUGUAUCACUUACUGUACUCAACCUGUUACCAUGAAUUGGUGAAGAACACUGUUUUUCUCACGUGCCUCCACAGGGAACAAAGAUUUCUUGAUGAGUAAAAGGGGGCCUCAUUUAACAACAGCAAAACAAUAUCAAAACAUUAAACUCGUGCAGUAUAAUCCAGGUCUCAUUGAUCCAGUUAUAUACUCAGUGCUUCCCAAACACAUGCGUUUUUGCUCAAACUGUUUAAUCACUUCUGCAUAAACAGUCUCACACAGCUCUGCUCUUGCACUCCAUUAGGCAGAGUUCAAGCGCACAUGCCUGCCCAGGCGCACUACUCAUCCAUCCGUGUGUGAGACUGUUCUCUGAUAUAACAGUGAAUACUUACUGUGACCGUGUUUAAAGAUAGUGAACAUUGUGCAAAAUAUUGUCAAACAGCAGUUUCACUUCAAAAGAAUCUGUGUCAGGAAACGUGUGGAUGAAUACACAUGUAAUGACCGUGAGAAGUAGACUGACUGAAUGUGGAAUAACUGAGCCAUACUAAGAUAUCUGAGGCUGUUCAUCUGUUUUGUAAAGGGAUGAACGUCUACUGAACGUACCUGUAAUUCUUAAAAAUAUUGGAGCUGGUGGUACCUAUAGGUUAUUGUACGAUGGUUUUAUUGGUUCGGCGCAUCUGAGAUUAAAUUGGGCUGAAUGUGGCCCAUGAACUGAAAUGAGUUUGACACCCCAGGUUUACGCGUAGAUGUUUUAAAAGAAAAAAUGCAUGUGUUUGGGAAGUAUUGAUCGUACGACUGGAUAAGUUAGACUUGGAUUAUACUGCCAGGUUGUGUUUAAGUUUGUAAAUCGAUGUUUUGAUAAGUUUUGUUGUUGUUUAAUGCAGCACCAUCUUUACUCCAAUUCAUCAAGAAUUCUCAGUUUUUAGGCCGAGUCCACACAAAGGUUUUAGGUCACUGAAAAAAAAAAACCUUUUUGCAAAACUCCUUCCAGGGUAAAGACUUUCAGAAACUGAGAACACUGAGUUUUUGUCUUGUAAUGGCAGUGUGUGCGGUUAACUCCUUUGUCAGGCCUAACUUACAUAAAUGAACUGUUACUUUUCAACUUAUUUGGGAACAGCGGGACCAGGAUGCACCAACAGAGGUCGCUGCUCCAGGUAGCCUUCCUAUAACAGCUGUUUUUCAGGCUCCAGAUUGGCCAACAUCAUCCUUAGGGUUAUGGUUGUAUCCCCACCUGUAGGUUUGGCAUCUCCUGACAGCUCUUCAGUUGUGUUUUGCAUUUUAAUUUGGAGAUUGUUUUUUUUUAGUUUUUGAGAGCAAAGAAUGGAGAAACCUAAUUUUUAAAAACACCCAUGCUCAUGUGGAUUAGGCUUAGAUUCCUUGUUUACUGUGAAGCCAUGCGAGGCAAAGUGUUCGUCACAAAUCCAACUAAACACACAGUGUGUAUAGAUAUACAAAUGAUCAUUUUGUGGGUGAAGUAUUCCUUUAAGGGGGAACUAAUGUAAUCACGCAGCAGACUGACUAAAAGACAGACGUGCUUCAGAUUUCUUUGAGAAAUGGAUUGCUAUAUUUGGUGCUGGCCACCACCUGCUGUCAAGCAUCAGACAUCAGUCAGUUUACUAAAAUGAAACAAGCACAUCAUGUAAAGCUGUGAAAAUCCUAUAAAUCAUAUAAAGUGAUCAACGUCUGAGGUGCUGCAACAACAAAUCCUACACAAGAAAUCCAGGACGAGUGUAUCUCAUGUAUUUUCUAUACUCCUAAAGUGUGAUUUGACUUCCUUACUGGCAGCAUGCUCUAAAUGAAAACUGGCAGGCCUUUCUAUUCACUAAAGCUCUUGAGUAAUCAAGUCUGUGAAGUUGUACAGCUGUAAUGUAAACAUGAUUUAACACCAGCUUCUGAUCCGAAUAUCAGAUCCAGGUUAAGCUUUCAUCGGUACCUGCAAAUUGUAACUUGAGAAUUUUAAUUGUAGUCGAUAUUGUAUUUAAUCAUCGACGUUUUCAGGCUGUUUUAGUGUCAGUGGGAGUUCAGGGUGAAGAGCGCUGUUAGAAGCUGCUGUUCUCUUUGAUAUUGUGGGUUAUUGGCUGUCCAACCCUCUUCAAGUUAAACUGCACUACUUUCACACCAUGAAAUGGCUGUUGAUUGUCACUCUGUAUGUUUGCAUUAACACUAAAGAGGCAUUCUGUUAUGAUGGUUUGCCAUUUGUGAUCUAUAUGUCGAGGCGCUUUUAUUUUCCUUUGCAGUGGAUGAUUCUCGUAGAUUGCUGAUUUAAAAGCAGUGUCAUUUAUAUGAUGAUAAGAAGUACAAUCAGACGUAGCACAGCACAAGGUGUUGUAUGUUUGUGUGUAAAUGAAGAAAAGUUGAGGAAGGAAGUAUGAAUUUUCAGGAAUUUAAGGAAAAAUUAAAGCCUUUGGUUUUGUUGUGAAUAAAUGAAUAAAUAAAUAAAUCCUUUUUCUAAAAAUGUGUUUUA